AUGAUAACCAAGAAAUAAUUUAGUCUUAUUUAUGUCAUUUUUCUUAAGCAUUAAUAUUUCAGUUUAAUUAUAAUUCUUUUAGAAAUUAUACUAAAAUAAUAGAACUUAUUUUGGUUUAGAUUCAGCUAAACUUAUUAAUUCAUACAUUUAUAAAUUUUGUAAAUGAUCCUCAUACAGAUAUUGAAACUUCAUUUAUCAUACAAAAAAUAGAUAUAUACAUAUAAGAAAAAUUUCAUAUCUAUUAAGAUAAAGUACUUAUUGAUGAAAUAAAAUUGUCAAUUAUUGAUAAUCAAUAUAGUUAUUUUGGUGAUAAUGACAAAGAUGGUCAAAUAUUUUAUACUAAGAAAAUUUUCAAUCAUUUAAACCUAAUUAACAGGAAAGGGUAAUAAUUUCAUUAAAUUUAGGUGUUUUUGGAAUCUACAAUUUCAAACAUAAAAUAAAAAAUGAAUUAAAGAUUUAUAUAAUGAUAAAUCUAAUAACCAUAAUUUUGCUUUAAAUGAAAGGAAUCAGUUAUUGAAAAAUUAAUUCUUUAAUUCCCUUAAAUCAUUUUUGUGAUAGCUCUGUUACAUUAUUAGGUAAAAUAAAGCCAGAAUGUAUUUCAAUAUUAUUUAUAAAUCAGAAGAUUUAUCUAAUAAUUAGUUAUUUAUAUCUAAUUAAGAAUUUAUUUUUUUAUUUAUUUAUUCACAAUCAGUGUUAAUGGUAAGCGAUACAAAUUAGGAUAUUUUUGUUGUUAAGAGUGAUAUAGUUAAAGUUAAAAAUCUUAAAAAUGAUUUUAGAUGCAUUAUUAUCUAAGCUUUAUUUAUAAUAGAAUAAAAAUGAGAAUAAAUAUGUCCUCUAAUAUAUUAUAUUUGAUAAUCAUUUAUAUUAUGCCUUCUUAACUUUGAGCAAGAAUUUAUCAGAUCUAAAGGCUUAAUGGGGGAUUGCAGACUGUAAAUUAUUUGAAGGAGAAAGUAAAAAUUAUUUAAUUGUUAAUUUGCAUUAAUAAUCGUAUUUGUGA